GAGACCUCUAGUCAGAGGAAUCAUACAAGUAGUGAGGAUAUCAUAAUAUAUAUUUAGGCACAGUUCGGUUAAACAUUAUAUCAUCAUCUUUCUCAUCACAGCAAUCGCUCACCGAUGAGCUCUAUUAUGCCUUCACUAAUGUUAUUCACCCUCUUUGUCUUGGGGAUAUUCCAGCGAGCUAGUUCCGCAAGCUCAACCUGCAUCAAGACAGAGAGGGAAGCUCUCCUGAGAUUCAAGCAAGGUCUGGUUGAUUACUCAAACUGCCUUUCAUCCUGGACCGAAGAAGACUGUUGCUCAUGGGAGGGAGUCAGGUGCAGCGAGAGGUCAGGACAUGUCAUCAAGCUUGACCUCACAAAUCCAUGUGUUACACCCGUGCCUCUUGAAGGUGACUACAGAAGAAAGAUGGUGCGCGGGAACUGCACUUUGACAGGUCAGGUACACCCCUCUCUCAUCGAGCUGAAGCACUUGAGGUACCUAGACUUAAGUUGGAACAAUUUCUCAAACUCGCGGAUUCCGGCUUUCCUUGGUUCCCUUUCAAACUUGGUGUAUCUGGACCUCUCUAACGCAUGUUUCGCUGGGAAAGUCCCCCUUCAAUUGGGAAACCUCUCCAAUCUGCAAUAUCUUGGCCUCAUGACCAACUACCGGGAUGAUUCUCAUGAGCCAUCAGUUGAUAAUCCGGUAGAUUCUCAUUACCUAUCAGUUGAAAAUCUUCAGUGGCUAUCGAAUCUUCCUUCCUUAAGGCACCUGGACUUGUUCGGUAUCUCUAUCAGGAACGCCGAAGGUUGGUUACACACGAUUAAAAUGCUCCCUUCUUUAAAACACUUGGGAUUGGGAAGUUGCCGACUUCCUGAUGUCCCUUCUGCUCCACAUUUUAAUCUCACUUCAAUUGAAUUUCUCGAUCUAAGCGAAAAUUAUUUUGGCUCGGUAGUUCCCAUUUGGCUUCUCAAUCUAACCUCCAUUGAGCACCUCGAUCAUUCUACCAAUUUCCUGAUUGCUUCUUCUUUCCCGAGCGAGAUCAUCAAAAAUAACAGACAGCUUGCCUUCCUUGAUCUAACCUUGAAUUUCAUGGAAGGUGAAAUAUUGGGCAAUCUCAGCAAUCUGUGUCAGUUGUCUGAGUUGAGACUGGCAUACAACAGCUUCCAUGGAGACAUUUAUAAAAUAUUAGGUGAUUCUUCUGCUUGCUUCCAUGAUACUUUGAGCAUUCUAAAUCUUGGAAACAACAAUGUCAGCGGCCAUUUGGGGAAUGAGAUCGGGUCUUUCAAGAAUUUAGAAUUCAUUGACCUGUCCAAGAACUCGGUUGAGGGUCUAAUUCCAACAACCCUGGGUCAAUUGCAGUCUCUAAAGUAUUUGAAUCUCAGAGAAAACAAACUGUCUGGUAGCAUUCCAAGAGGUAUUGGACAGCUUUCCAAUCUAUACACACUGGACGUUUCCAACAAUCACUUGAACGGAGUGGUGACUGAAGUUCACUUGGCUAACCUCACGAGCUUGACCAGAUUGGAUAUAUCAAUGAACGAGUUGGCAGUCUCUAUUAAUCCUGCAUGGACUGCUCCAUUUCAACUCAAGUACAUCGGAAUGUCGAAUUGCAGAGCCGGUCCGCAAUUCCCUACAUGGCUUCAAUCGCAGAGACAUAUUUCUGGGUUGGAUUUGUCCAAUACCAGCAUAGCCACCAUAAUUCCUUACUGGCUUUCCAAUAUUUCGUCUGUCAUUAAAUCCUUGGAUUUGUCGAAGAACAGGCUGACAGGAAACAUUCCGGGUGGAUUUGGAGAUACAAUGGCAGAACUUGAGGCAUUGUCCCUUUCUGACAAUUUCUUGAAUGGCAGCAUUCCAGAUUCUUUUUGCAAGAUGAAGGAGUUAAUCUUACUAGACCUCUCAAAUUGUUGGGUAUCCCUCCAAUUUGGAGGAAGUUGGGCUCAAAUUGUAUUGGGCUUUUAUCGGGCUUUAAUAGGCCCAAGAACCCAUUUUUGUUAGGGUUUAUUCUUCAGCAAAUCAGCUAAGGUAUAAAAGCAGCAGCAGACUGCAGUAGCAGCAGAGUGUAGACAGCAGCGGCAGAGGAGCUGCAAGCAGCAAAACAGCACAAAGAACAAAGGAAGAGCAGAGCCGAAUUCUGCUCAACAGGGGCAGCGCGCAGCUGGAGAUCAAACCUCGAUCGGGACAUCAAACGAACUCCGAUUGGGACGAAAUUUUGACAGCAGCUUCAC